AUGAAAUUCGCGGAAAUGGAUCCCAAACCGGCCAUACUUUUCAUCAGUAAACCAGAGCUAACAUCCAAAUUAUACAAUACUACCAUCAAAGACCACUUCCAAAUAAUUCACUAUGAUUUUGCCACGGGUGAUCGCGAAAGUUUCCUUGACUUUUUGAAAGACAACUUCGACCCUCAAUUGGCACCUCUCACUGCCAUAUACGGUGGAUUUCCCGCAUUCCAUCCAAUCGGUGGGCUGACCGCCGAACUUCUAGAUGACAGUCGUUUCCCUAAGAAUAGCCUUAAGUGUAUUGUGCUAUGCUCGCGCGGUGUGAAUGGCAUAGACUUCGAAGCCUUGAAAAAAUAUAAGGUGAAGCUCUACAAUUACACUGACGAAGAGGGACCCGCUACGGAAUGUGUCGGGGCCAUUGAGAUUCCGGGCCUGGUUGGAAACGAUGUUGCUGAUUGUGCAUUGUGGCAUGUCAUAGAGGGUUACCGCAAAUUUUCGUAUCAGCAACUGCAUCUGCGCAAGACCGGCCACACGCUGGAAGCCAGACGCAGUGCCGCAGGCGAGGACACUAAGAGCACCAAAUUUAUGUUUGGAGAAAGUCUAAAGUCUUACGAUGUCAAGUCGCCCAAAGGGCAAAAGGGUCUGAUUCUGGGCCUGGGAGGUAUUGGCAAACAGAUUGCGCUUAAACUCCAGUAUGGCUUGGGCAUGGAGAUCCACUACGCCAAGCGCACCCCCGAUUCGACAGUGCCAUGGACUUUCCAUGCGCUAGAUCAGACUUUGUAUCCCAAGCUUAAAGAAUUCACUACAAUUGUGGUCGCACUACCUGGGACUCCUGAAACUAAGCAUUUAAUCGAUUCUCGUUUCUUACACGCUUGCGCUAGGGACGUGAUAUUUGUGAACAUUGGAAGAGGAGUCAUUUUUGAGCCUACCGCCCUCGAACAAGCGAUUGAGUCAACCCAAAUCAGACAUUUCGGCGGGGACGUUUUCUAUCAUGAACCAGAUGUAGAAAAAUGGCUUCUGGCCAACGAUGAGUCCGUGACUAUAACUCCACAUAUAGGUAGUGGCACUAAGGGCAAUUACUAUCAAAGUUGUGAGUUCGCCCUCACAAACAUUAUCCAAGAAGUACUUGAAAAGAGCGAAGGUCACUCAAGAGUAGUUUGA